UUGAGUGUGUAUCACGGUAGAAUUCUCUGCUAUGGCAGACCACAGUCGAGGAUGGUUUAGCACAAUGAGGGUGUUCACCACGGCAUUGCUUCUAGUCACCCUGCAGUGCUCCCAUGCCCUGAGUCCCACCAACUGUGAUGCUUCUGAGCCUCUGGCUGAGAAAGUUCUAGACCUGAUCAAUAAAGGGCGGAGGAGUGGCUAUGCUUUCCAGCUGCUGCGGGUCUCUGACGCCCACUUGGACAGAGUGGGAACGGCCACAGUCUACUACUUAGCUUUAGAUGUGAUAGAGUCUGACUGUUGGGUCCUCUCCACAAAAGCCCAGGAUGACUGCCUUCCCUCAAGGUGGCCAUCUGAAAUAGUGAUUGGACAAUGUAAGGUAAUAGCCACAAGAUACUCGAAUGAGUCUCAAGAUCUUAGCGUGAAUGGCUAUAACUGCACCACAAGUUCUGUCUCUUCAGCACUUGGCAAUACCAAAGACAGUCCUGUACUCUUCGACUUCUUUGAGGAUUCCGAGCUCUACAGAAAGCAAGCCCGUAAAGCCCUCGAUAAGUACAAAAGGGAGAAUGUUGGCUUUGACUCUUUCAGAGUGGAACAGGCAGAACGGGUUAUAAGAGCGAGAGGCGGGGAAAGAACCAAUUACUAUGUGGAAUUCUCCAUGAGGAACUGUUCCACACGGCAUUUCCCCAGGUCCCCUCUGGUCUUUGGAUUCUGCAGAGCAAUUUUGUCCUACAGUAUAGAAGCCUCUGACUUGGAAACCCCAGAUUUCAUUGACAUAAACUGCGAAGUCUUCAACAUUGAGGAUCAAAAAAACACAAGUCAUAUGAAGCCCCAUUGGGGCCGUGAGCGUCCUCUUUGUGACAAACAUCUGUGUAAGCUCAGUGGAUCCAGGGAUCAUCAUCAUACACAUAAGACAUAUGAACUUGGAUGCCCACCUCCACCAGAAGGAAAAGAUAACUCAGACAGACCACCCCUUCAAGAAGGAGCCCUUCCACAACUGCCCCCUGGCCAUCCCCCUCAUUCUGGUACCAACAGGAACCAUAGACCCCCUCAUAAUCACAGUUGUAAUGAGCAUCCUUGUCAUGGACAUCGUCCCCAUGGACACCAUCCCCACGGUCACCAUCCCCAUGGUCAUCACCCCCACGGUCACCGUCCCCACGGUCACCACCCCCAUGGUCACCACCCCCACGGUCACCAUCCUCAUGGACAUGACUUCCUUGACUAUGGACCUUGUGACCCACCCUCCAAUAGUCAAGAACCCAAAGGUCAGUAUCAUCGGGGCUAUGGUCCACCACAUGGACACUCAAGAAAAAGAGGUCCAGGCAAAGUACUCUUUCCUUUUCACCACCAACAAAUCGGAUAUGUCUACCGACUCCCUCCACUGAAUAUAGGUGAAGUUCUCACUCUUCCUGAAGCCAAUUUCCCCAGCUUCUCAUUGCCAGAUUGCCACAGACCCCUACAACCAGAGAUUCGGCCCUUCCCUCAUACAACCUCUAAGUCAUGUCCAGGAAAAUUUGAGAGAGAGUUUCCACAAAUUUCCAAGUUUUUUGGAGAUAUACUUCCAAAAUAAAACCUGAUUCCUUGGUAGGGGGAAGAGGACAAUAUUCUGAAUAAAUAAAAUAUGACCAGUUA